AGCCGAGCAUUUCCCUCCGACCUGAUUGUGAUCCAGGUGCUUUUUGUGCCAAUCCUUUCAGAAAUUAUCAGCACGAAUAUGUGUUAGAUCAGGGCCACACCCAACACUCUCUGAUAAGCCAGAUAGUUGUGUGCUGCCUUGGGUAGUAGACCAGAAAGAUGGUUGUUUUGCAAGUAUUCUUCUAUGCCAUAUUCCUCCAUAUCACGUCUGCGGAACGAUGCGCAUGCGCCACCGGAAAUGUUCAUAUGCGUGACGGCGCUGGCGUCACCCACAACGUUGUGGGCACGAUGACGCCAGGUGAGUGUGUCAGCUACAAGGGGGACAAGAUUCCCGUCGGCAGCAUGCAGUGGGCUCACGUCGAAUAUAAUGGAAACGACGCCUAUGUAGCUGUCAGUUGGCUCAAGUUCCAGGACUGCACGAUUCCACAUGUUUCAAGUCAGUGCGCAUGCGCCACCGGAAGCGUACAUGUACGAAGUGGAGCCGGAACUAGUCACGGUGUCAUCGGGACCUUGACCCCGAAUACCUGCUAUGCCUUCAAAGGCAAAACAACUCAUGUGGGUGGAUUAAACUGGGCCAAUAUUGACUACAACGGGAAGGAUGGCUGGGUGGCGGAUAGCUGGCUGGCCAUUGGGAGUUGCGCAGGAAACCACGGAACGACUUCGACCUCCAUUCAGCAACUACCCGGAUGUCCCCACAUAGUGUCACGGGCUGAGUGGGGCGCUAGAGCCCCGAAGGUGCAUAUCGGUAAUCUACCAGCCACGCCCCAGAACGUGUAUAUUCACCACGGGGCCUCCACCAGUUGCCAUGAUGAGUCGACCUGCAAGUCCAUUAUGAGGUCCUAUCAGAACUACCACAUGGAUGGACAUGGCUGGGACGAUAUCGGCUACACUUUCGUCAUCGGUGAAGACGGAAAUGUGUAUGAAUCUCGAGGCUGGGACAAGAUUGGAACCCACACCCUGAACCACAACUACGACGGCCUAGGGUUCUGUGUAAUUGGAGAUUUCACUGAUCACAUUCCAAAUGCGGAUGCGCUCAACGCUUUAAAGCAGCUAAUCAAGUGCGGCGUAGACAACGGCAAAAUCCGCACCGACUAUGUGAUCUACGGCCACCGUGACGUCAGACAAACAGCCUGCCCUGGUCAGAAGUUUUAUGACCUCAUUCAGACCUGGCCGCAUUACAAGUCUCCUCACUGAUGUGUGUGCGAAUAAAGUCAGUGAUAAAACCUCAGCACAUGAAGCUGAUGGCUUCCUUGUGUUAUUAGUUAAAGCUAAAACGCAUCUAAGUUUUCGAAUUUUAUUAAUGUACGCCACUAGGGUGACUGUUAAUAAUAAAGCGUCACAACGUUU